CAUCAGCUAUCCGUAUAAAAGGUUUACAGCGGUUCACUUCUAAUGCAGACGUUAUCUUCAAGUUACUAACUAAUAUGUUAACUUGCAUAUUAUAUUUAUUUAUUUUUAUUCAAGCAACGUGUUUUUGUUGCGAAAGUCCGUCGUUCUCUCUGAACGAUGACGAGAGCUUGCAGUGUGACGUGCUGACGAGGAUAGACUCGGGAGAGGUCUGCGGCCGCGUCAGGACCGCGGAGGAGCACGUCAAGUAUGCCAGCUUUAGAGGCAUUCCCUACGCUCAGCAGCCUCUAGCUGAACUAAGGUUCAAGGAACUACAGCCUUUAGAGCCCUGGAAUAAAACUCUGAUUGCUACAGAAGAGGGUCCAAUAUGUCCGCAAUAUGACGAAAUAUACGGGCGGAUGGCCAGGCCUGUAGGCAUGAGCGAGUCCUGCAUCUUCGCCAACGUCCACGUUCCUUUGCAAGCCUACUGCGAUGAAUGCAAGCUCAUCUGCCAAGAAACAGGGCUCCCUAUCAUGGUGUUUGUACACGGCGGAGGUUUUCAAACGGGCUCGGGUAAUUCGGAUAUCCACGGUCCGGAGUAUUUAGUCAGCAAAGGUGUCAUUGUUAUCACAUUUAAUUACAGGCUUAACGUUUUCGGCUAUCUUUCCCUGAACUCUUCGGCCAUUCCCGGUAACAAUGGUCUCCGUGACGUCAUCACAUUGCUGAAAUGGGUGCAGAGAAAUGCGCGAGCUUUCGGCGGGGACCCUGACAAUGUCACCCUAGGCGGCCAGAGCUGCGGUUCAGUGGCCGCGCAUUUAGUCACGCUAUCUCAAGCCUCUGCAGGAUUGAUGAAACGAAUCAUAUUGAUGAGCGGUGUAGGUGACGGAGGUUUCUAUACAGCUUCACCUGCUUACGCCGAAACCGUAGCUACGAUGUUCCUGACACAAUUAGGUAUUAACUCUACUGAUGCCGAUGAAAUUCAUGCUCAACUGAUACAAAUGCCGCUUGAGAGGAUCAUGGAAGCUAACCGGAUCAUUCAAUUCAACACUGGGCUCGUAUCAUUCGUUCCUGUUGUAGAAUCUGAGCAUCCUAAUGUGACAAGGAUCUUAGACGACUAUCCUUCUAAUCUUGUGAAACAAGGCCGUGGAAACUUGCCUACCAUUGUAGGCACAACAAGCAAAGAAUGCGCUUUUUUCGAGCGAAGAAUUAGAUAUAUAAACUUACUCACACGAAUCAAAGAAGAUCCGACAAUUAUCCUACCCGUGAACAUUACUUUUUCUGUGUCUAGCACGGAAGCACUAAAGUUGUCCGAGACGGUUGAAAAUAAGUAUUUCCAAGGGAAUUCGACAGUGGAAAAGUUCUUAGAUUAUUGUACGAAUUCAUUUUUCGUAUAUCCCGCGUUCAAGCUGGCGCAGUGGAGGGCGUCGCUAGGCCAGCAGCCGGUCUUCAUGUACAAGUUCAUGUUCGACAGCGACUACAACGUCGUGAAGGAUGCUCUGAUGCUCAACUACACAGGAGGAGGCGCCCACGUGGAAGACCAGACCUUUGUGUUGCGAGUAAACUCUAUGAUGGACCCCGAUCAAAGGUCUUUCCCUCCCCUGUCUAGGGACGAUCUGAUGAAACAUUGGAUGACAACGUACAUGAUCAAUUUUAUGACAUGCAGUCACCCGCUAUGUGAGAAACAGUCGGAUUGGCCUCCAGUAGACGAAGAGCGGCUUAACUACCAGCUGCUCAACGAGCCGCUCUUCAUCAGCAACAUCAACAUCACCGAUGACCAGCGAGAAAUGUUCCAAUUCCACGAUAAUCUCUACGUCAUGGCCGGGAGUAGCUGAAAAGAGCGAACGUAGACGCAAUACUUAUGACGCAUUCACAUCAUUUACGUAAGCAAAAGACGACGUACUACAUGAUUUAUUUAUUUAUUUAUAAGGUUGUAUAAUUCAGCGACUUGUUUACUAGUUAUGUACAAUAGAACGUUAGUUAUAAAACAUGCAUCAUUCACUAUGGUGAGUAAAUCGCUUACAUACAAAUGUUGAAGUAAAACUUAAAUGAUGACUACGAGAACUAUAAUAAUUGUUAUAUAUGAUAUUACUGUUAACAGAAUUAAAAAUAUAUUUCCAGUU